UCAUUGAAAUAAUAAAACUAAAAAUUUUUAUCUUCAAGUGUAAAAUAGAAUAUUAGCUCUACAAAAUUUACCAUAACAAAGAUGUGGUAUAAUAACAUGAAAUAUUAAAAAAAUAGUUUUUUUUUUUAUAAAAUGAUGGAAAAUAAAAAUUAUUUAAUUGAGGUUAGUUUACCAUUCCCAAAUCCACGUUUAGCUCAAAUUGCGUUCGAUGUUUUAAGAGUUGAUCUUGAGCCGAAAAGAAGUACUGCCAAAAAAGAAUUUCUGGUUGAAACCAAUCAUUUGAAACUUAAAUUAUCAGCACCUGAUGCUCGGCAGCUGCGUGUAGCUUUAAACGGUUUCUUUGAUAAUAUAAAAUUAAUACUCCAAACAAUGGAAUUAACUGGAUCACCACUUAGUGAAAGUUAUUCGCAUUAUUUUGGUUGAAAUUGAUUAGUACCUAUGUGUAGUUAUAAUGCCCGAACAUACACCGUGCCCAACGUUUAAUCGGGCAGUUUAUGGAUUUGUGCUUUAUUUAACAUUAAAGACUCUUUUUGUUAUAUAUUUGUUAUGGAUUUUUAUACCA